CCGAUGGCACCCUGGACUGCAUCAGCAUGGCCCUGACCUGCACCUUCAAUCGCUGGGGCACGCUGCUCGCCGUGGGCUGCAACGACGGGCGCAUCGUCAUCUGGGACUUCCUCACCAGGGGCAUCGCCAAAAUCAUCAGCGCCCACAUUCACCCCGUCUGCUCGCUGUGCUGGAGUCGAGAUGGUCACAAACUGGUGAGUGCUUCCACCGAUAACAUCGUGUCGCAGUGGGACGUGCUCUCUGGAGACUGCGACCAGAGAUUUCGGUUUCCUUCGCCUAUCUUGAAAGUUCAGUACCACCCUCGAGACCAAAACAGAGUUCUGGUUUGUCCCAUGAAGUCGGCGCCGGUGAUGCUGACGCUGUCGGACUCCAAACACGUUGUCCUGCCCGUGGAUGAUGAUUCGGAUCUCAACGUUGUGGCCUCCUUUGACAGGCGAGGGGAGUACAUUUACACAGGCAACGCCAAGGGGAAGAUCCUGGUCUUAAAAACAGACACUCAGGAUCUUGUGGCUUCCUUCAGAGUGACAACUGGAACCAGCAACACCACAGCUAUUAAAUCCAUUGAAUUUGCUCGGAAAGGAAGCUGCUUUUUAAUAAACACAGCUGACCGGAUAAUCAGGGUGUACGAUGGCCGUGAAAUUCUCACCUGUGGGCGAGACGGGGAGCCAGAGCCGAUGCAGAAGCUGCAGGAUUUAGUGAACAGGACGCCGUGGAAGAAGUGCUGCUUCUCGGGUGACGGCGAAUACAUCGUGGCAGGGUCAGCGCGGCAGCACGCCCUGUACAUCUGGGAGAAGAGCAUUGGAAACCUGGUGAAAAUCCUGCACGGGACCAGGGGAGAGCUGCUCUUGGAUGUAGCAUGGCAUCCUGUCCGACCGAUCAUAGCAUCUAUUUCCAGUGGUGUUGUGUCAAUAUGGGCUCAGAAUCAAGUGGAAAACUGGAGUGCCUUUGCGCCUGACUUCAAAGAGCUGGAUGAGAAUGUGGAAUACGAAGAGAGAGAGUCAGAGUUUGACAUUGAAGAUGAAGAUAAGAGUGAACCAGAGCAGACAGGUGCUGAUGCUGCAGAAGAUGAAGAAGUGGAUGUAACUAGCGUGGAUCCCAUUGCUGCCUUCUGUAGCAGCGAUGAAGAACUGGAGGACUCCAAGGCUCUGCUGUACUUACCCAUUGCUCCAGAAGUGGAAGAUCCAGAAGAAAACCCCUAUGGACCUCCACCAGAUGCGGUUCAGAGCUCUUUGACCGAUGAGGGAUUAGGCUCUGAGAAGAAGAGGCAGUCGUCCUCUGAUGGACCUCAGGCACCAAAGAAGAAGCCCAAAACCACCAACAUUGAACUACAAGGAGUACCUAAUGAUGAAGUCCAUCCGCUGCUGGGUGUGAAGGGAGAUGGUAAAUCCAAGAAGAAGCAAGCAGGCAGGCCUAAAGGAUCAAAAGGUAAAGACAAAGAUUCUCCAUUUAAACCGAAACUCUACAAAGGGGACAGAGGUGCUUUACCUCUGGAAGGAGCAGCGAAGGGUAAAGUGCAGGCGGAGCUGGGACAGCCCUUGACAGGUGGUGCAAUCUCAGAACUGUUAUGA